GAAACUAAGAUAUUAUAUUAUUAUUCAUAUAGCAGACACAGUCUAAUCGUCGAACCAUAUGCUUACUUUACUAUAUUAUAUUAAAUACUAAUAAAUAUGAAAUGGUCCAAAGUCAUUUCGACAGCGUGCGCAUUGGUGUUCGUGAGUCUUUCGUACUUAACGGUAUGUAUAAUAAUUUAUUUUCCGGACGGCAAGUUAUAUAGAUUCUCACGGUUAGAAGUCAGAACGUUAGAAGAAGCGAGUAUAUAUAUAAAUGAAUGCUCCGGAGCUCCUCCGACAGCGCCAUCGCGGUCCUCGGCACACAACUCAACCAAGCCGGUUAGCUCGAAGUGUGCUCCUCUAGUUCGGUGCACGACAUCGAAGCCGAAAGUUUUUCCGGGUACCGCCAUCGCUGCUGCGUUGACUGAUCUCUUGAAGACGGCCGCCAACGAGCACCAGAACCGGCCGACCACACUGCAUCAAUUUCCGGAUGUUCUGCGAACUUUCGUCCGGUUCAUCGGAAUCGUCGUCUCACCACCAUCAUCCACACCAACACCACCAACACCACCAACACCACCAACCUCGACAGCACCAUCAACCCCACCGACUUCACAAACCUCACCAACACUACCAAACGAAAUCGACGAUUCGACUACAACUCCGCCAACGACAACAACCCCGUCCGCCCCGAUAAUCACCUGUCCACCGACGAAUCCUGGGUCAUUAAAAAAACUGAUGUCUCUAUUCGUCCCUGCAUCUGCCAUGCCAUCGACGACCGCACGGCCAGGGUCGACCGUCACGUUACCACAACUGUUCCGAGUAGCCGGUUCGUAAGAUGGACAAAUAAUAAAAAAAAAAUAAAACUAGUCGUCUUCACUAUACCAUUCGCGUGAUCUUAUAAUAUACUGUUUUGCUAUUUUGUAAUGCCUGUAUUAUUAGGCGAAUGUUAUAAAUAAUAGGUACCUAUAUGAUUUAUUUUUCGCAAACAUAUUUUGUGAACUCAAGUCUUAAACUCAACUCGUUUUAAACGACUCGGCGGAAGACACCUCAAUUAAUACCACACACAUUAUGUUACAUUUCAAUGUUACGUAUUAAACAUUAAAAUAGCCAUAGUAUUUAAAUUAAUAGUGUGAAGAUGUGUUUCUUAAUACGUCAUCGAUUAUUAGCAACAGUAUAGUGCCGUACUGGCGUACAAUGGCCUAUUAAUUAAUAUUACAAAAUUAUAUAUAUAAGGUAGGGCAAAAUUACUAUUAUGUGUACAAAACUAGAAAACCUUACAAUAUAUACAUGAAUAUUCCUGA